UGAACGCCAAGUACUUUGUUGGCGAACGCAAGAGCGGCGUAGAGGUAGAAUCUUUUAUCCCGGUUCUUUCAAAUCGACUUUUCAUCUCAGGAUCGAGGAAUUCCACGCGCAAAUUCUGAAAUUUGGACUCUGUUCGUGUUACUGUUUGCUUCUUUUCGCAUUUGGCCGGCUGAGAAAACCACGAGUAAACAAGUGUCUGUCGUUAUCUUGCUUUCCACUACAGGGGAGGAAGUUUCUUCAAGCUUUCAUCAGGUCAGAACUGUCGGAGACUUGUUGUGGUCAAGAGAUUUGAUUCGUUGGAUCAGAAAUUGAACAAUACAGAGGGUGUGAUGACUUGUUUCUGUUUUUGUUCAAGAAGAAACAGAGAUUCGUUGACUUCCCAUACAGCAGCUGCAGAAGCAGCAGCAAUCGAAGAGAUUUCAAAAAUUCCGAACGUUCGCUUGUACUCUUACGAAGAACUUAGAAAAGCAACUGAAAAUUUCAGAUUUGAAAACAAACUUGGACAGGGAGGCUUUGGAUCUGUUUACAAGGGAAGGCUCAGAAAUGGAACUCUUGCUGCCAUAAAGGUACUAUCCAUGGACUCAAGCCAAGGAACACGGGAGUUUUUGGCAGAAAUCAAUGUGAUUACGGUUAUAAACCAUGAUAACCUGGUUAAGUUGCAUGGUUGUUGUGUGGAAGGGCAGCACCGGAUUUUGGUCUAUCCUUACCUGGAAAAUGGCAGCCUUGAUAAGAUGCUUUUUGGUAGAGGACGAGGAAAUACCCAAUUCAAUUGGCAAACGAGGUGUAAAAUAUGCAUUGGCAUUGCACAGGGGCUCACGUUCCUUCAUGAGGAAGUUCAGCCCCAUGUUGUUCACAGGGACAUCAAAGCAAGCAAUAUCCUGCUUGAUAAGGACUUAACUGCAAAAAUUUCUGAUUUUGGUCUUGCUAGAUUACUCCCGUCUCACAUGACCCACGUCAGUACAUGUAUUGCCGGGACAGAAGGUUAUCUUGCACCUGAAUAUGCCAUCCGGGGGCAAGCGACAAGAAGAACAGAUAUUUAUAGUUUUGGUGUCUUACUCUUGGAGAUUGUAUGUGGGAGGUACAACAUAAACAAACGGUUGCCUGCUGAGGAACCAUAUCUUCUAGAAAUGGUGUGGAAGCAUCAUGAGACAGGGCAAUUGCUGGAAUUGGUAGACAUAUCAUUACAUGGAGACUUUGAGGCUGAAGAGGCUUGCAGAUAUUUAAAAGUUGGUCUUCUUUGCACUCAAGAUAUGCCAACGCUCCGGCCAUCUAUGUCAACCGUCGUCAAGAUGCUAACGGGUGACAUUGAUAUAACUGAUCAAACAAUAUCUAGACCUGGAAUGCUUUCAGAGUUCAUGCUUCGAAAAGAUGUACUAGGCAAGAAAGCCGAGCCCAAUUCGAAGCUUACAUCGACGACUGAAGACUCGGGAAAGCAAAGUGAAUCAACUUCAUCGUCAGGGUUCAUGGACACCUCGUACGGUACCAUAACCUUCACUUCGAUAUUUGAUCGUAGUAACUGAGUUGGAAAUUAUUUUUUUGGUGAUGAGCCUUCUAACUAAAAGGAGGCACAUAUAUAUGUUUGUUCUAUCAUGAGUAUACAUCUAUUCUGCUUCAAUACUUUUUCCACCCUGUUUGUAACUGUGCAGUCCUGUUGUAGGAGUUCUUAGUCAUGAAAUUUCAUUGAGAAAAUACAUUGUUGCUACAUUUCUUGUUCAAGAAUAUUCGUAUCGCACGGCAUGUCGUUGGGUACUCGAGGUGUAUAUUGACAAUUCUUUGAAUCUUUGAUCCUGUUGGCAUGGAAGGAAA